AUGGCGGCAUCUCUGUUCACAUACUCCUCAACCUCUCGAAGAGUCGUUCCUGCCCCAAACUAUCCUGCACUUCCAAUUCACAUCAAGGCAACCAAUGUCGUCUUCAACCCUGACAUUCCAGAGGUUCAUCGAGGUCUUGGACUCGAUGAUUUCGUCAAUUUCUUGGCUUCUUGCCGCCUUCGAUAUGCAAUCAGUGAUGUACCGUCCGAGUUCUUCCCUGAACAAGUAUGUGAGUUUUACUAUACUGCAACAGUUAAUGAAGAAAACAAUGCCAUCACCGGAACCAUUGGUCAUGGCAGACACUCUGUCUUCAUCACUGCAGAACUACUCAGUGCUGCUUUAAGGUUACCAAUUUUCGAACCCUUUUCUGAACCUCCAACUAUUGAAAAAUGUAAACGAAUAUUUGAUCAACUGGGCUAUGAUCAUUCAAAGGCUGGUACUCGAUCAGCUCUUAUUUUACGUCAAUGCAUGACCCCAGGCUGGAAGUUUUUCACUGGUGCUUUAUGCAAGUGUGUGGGUCACAAGUCUCGCAGUGGUGAUCAAUUGAGCAAUUAUGAGCAACAAGUCGUCUGCUCCCUUCUUCUCAACAAAAGACUAGAUUAUGGGGCACUAUUCUUUGAUCAGCUUGUUCAGCUUCUACGUGCAAAUGUGCGUGCUGAUCAUGUUCCCUUUCCACGUUGGAUUGCCCUGGUGUUCGACAAAUUCUUCGUUGCUGACUACUUUUCUCACUCUGGGAAUCCAAUCCAAUGCCCUCGAAUGUCCGUUCGUAUAUAUCAGGAUGAUCCUUUGGAUACUGACAUUGGAAUCUCCGAUAGGAUGAGAGAAUGGAUUGCUAAUCCAUACACUAUGCCUUCUCUCUCCGCUGACACUGAUGAAGAAGGUGCUGAUGGUAAUCAUAUGGAUCGUGCUGAUCAAGAGGUGGAACAUCAUGAUGGCGGCCAUUUCUCCCCUCAACUUUCUCAUCACCUUACCUCGGCCACUGGCAACGCCUCCUCAGCACCACAGGAUUCCAUGCCUCUGGGGGGGGCAACCAUCACAGGGGGAGCAUCAGUCUCAGGGGGAGCAUCCAUCACCAGCAGCUCACCACUUCUCUCCAAGGAUGAAACCUAG